AAGCUUAUUGAUACGUGGUUUUGUAACGUGGUUUUGUACAGGAGAUUGGUUAUCACUUGAGAUUAUUCGUAGAUUAGAAAGAUAAGGAGGGCAAUAAACCCUAGGUGCCGAAAAGAAGGACGGUGAGAAAUGGGAAGAGGAAAGAUCGUUAUAAAGAGAAUUGAUGACUCUACGAGUAGGCAAGUCACUUUCUCGAAAAGAAGAAAAGGGUUGAUAAAAAAGGCAAGGGAGCUUUCCAUACUCUGUGAUGCUGAGGUGGGACUCAUUGUCUUCUCUUGCACAGGAAAGCUUUACGAUUUCGCGAGCUCCAGCAUGCAGUCGGUGCUAGAACGUUACAAGGAGUUUAGGGGGGAAGGCCACGAACUACAUAAUCCAGCUUCAGAAAUCAAGCAUUGCCAAAGAGAGGUCGCAAGCUUAAGACAACAGCUGCAGCACCUGCAAGAGCGCCACAGGAAAUUGACUGGAGAACAACUCUCUGGCCUCAGGGUCAAAGAUCUGCAAAAUCUAGAAAACCAACUGGAGAUGAGCCUAAAGGGCAUCCAUGCCAAAAAGGUGCAAAUUUUCUCUGACCAGAUAAAAGAGCUGAACCUAAAGGGAAACAUGCUGCAUGAGGAAAACAAAGAGCUGCAUCGGAAGACGAGUCUCCUCCUUCAGGAAAAUAAUGCAUUGAGAACGAAGGUUUACAAAGCAAGGGAUGUAAAUCAUGCUAAGCUAUAUUUCCAUGAGCCAGCAACUACGACCAUAGUACAUGACUUGUUUGCACCUUCAAACCUCCAGCUAAGCCAGCCACAGCCUCAGAGUAAUAAAGAAGCCCCUCUAGAAGCAACCAAUCUGGGAUUGCAACUGCAUUAGCACAAGUCCGGCCUGUGGAUGGUUAUUAACCAUAUUGUGUCGAAAGCUAGAAAAGCUCAAGCUUCUACAAGUAUUGAAUUCUCUUCAGACAACAAACGAGUAUAUCCAGCAGAAAGACCUCAAGAUAUGGUAUGUCAUGUUUAAAACUCAGAACCAUUGUGCAAUGGGACACUUUAUCUUUGUCAAUGAAAACACGUUAAUAAAUAACAAAGGCAAGACAACAUGCCAAAUGGUAUUCACCAUCAUCGCUAAGCUGUCCUCUCCGUUCUACCGACAUCAAUUAAAAGGUUUGCACUGCCAA